ACCGAGCGGUCGGUUUCUAAAUAUCAAGCGAAUCGUGUUCGAGAGUGGUUCACGAUUCUCACGAAGCCGACUGGAAUAGCUGACGAUCCCGGAAAUCGUCGGACGUCGACGCGUUUACGUAACCAACCAGUAUCAGCGUGGCUAGGUAAUAAGGCGAGAGAUCAGGCUGCGCCCGAGAUAAGAGAUCGUUAACGUUGUACCGGAGGAGUCCGGUCGCUCGAAUUUCUUUACCAGUAAGAAGCUACCGUGGCUACAAGCUUAAAUCGUGAAUCAGCAACGAACGGGCGCGCGCUCGUUCCGCGCCGAGGUGGAAUGUGAAAAAGCGGGGUCACAAAAACCGCGAAAACCGACGUUUUUUAACGUGAUAACGUUUCGCGUUCAUGGUUGAUUUCUCGCCGUGGCCGCGUUUACAUGCGCCUAGUCGCGACUUGGCAACAGCCUUCUCCGCGCGGACGGAAACCCGACGCGGUGGCGAACGCGUAGAUGAUGCGAUGCGAUUCGCACGAGUAAUACGGAAUCGCGCAUUUGUCGAACGAGAAAUGCCUGUCCACGAGGAACAGGAGAGGAGCGCGGGACGAGAGCCCGUACCGUAGCCAACCGGAAACGCAGCUCGAUCAGGCGAGAGAAGAAAGUGUCGGAGAAAAAGGCUGCGACACAGUGUCGAGCCUCGCGGAUCGAUUCGCGACGCGGCUCGACGCGCAACACCUGUCGCGCGAGUUCACCGACUAAGUGCAUUCUUUCUUCCCUUCAUUGUCCCGUCCGUCGUCGAAGCGUUCGGGGAAUAUCAUUUGUAUCCCGUUCCUACGCGUCAUCCUAUUACCGGUGGAUUUGUUAAAACUUACCGCGUAGCUUGCAGUUUAAGGGAGUCCCGAGUUCCAACCACUUGACUUUCGCUGCGAAACGACUGCAGACAUUUUGUUGAAGUUGUUAACCAAGUGGGGAAAAAUGAACAGGGAAAUAUUAUUUAUCUUCUAAAAGGGAAAUAAGGAGUACAACUAGAUGAAACGUGCUUGAAUUAAUGAGCAACGAAAUGAGACAUCAUAUUGACAACGUUUGAUUAACUGUUGCGUCACACCUGUUGCUGACCGUACUCGAACCACGUGACGGCAGUGGCCGUGAAAAGAUUUUCUCAUUGUGUCCCGACACUACUGUAUCGAUCGCGUGGACGAGCCUGGCUGAACGAUGUUCGUGCUGUAACGAUCAAACAACCGUAUAUGUACAUGUACCAUUAUUAGAUAUAUCCGUUACACACGCACGUGUGAAAACAUAGGGGCGACGCACGAAACGAUAGUCGACCGAUGCAAAUUGUUUCCGUAUUUUACCAACGAAAAUUAAAGCUACGAUUUCCACGCCAACUGGAGAAGCGGAUGACAAAUGGUCCCAAAGCGUCCCCGUCGAUUUCCUAAGCUAUAAUUAGGGUGGCUUAUCGUCAUGCAGGAAUCUCUCGAUCUCAUUGUUCGUGGGCAGCAGGGCAGAAAGCAGCGCUUCCGGUUUCAUGUUGGCUCGGAACGGACAACGGGGGCUCGGUUGGAUCCUCGCUGGGUUCCCAGCCAAACACCUGCAACGUUUCAACAGGCCUGUGUCACGUUCCUCGUUACGCAACGAGAAAAGCGACGCACGAAACGACAGACACGAGUCCGAGACGUAAAAACGAGCGACAAAUUGUCUUGCGAAUCCCACCGUGCUCGGGCACGUCGCCAUUAUACAAUGGAAAACUGUCGUGGGCACCGGAAACUGGCGAGGGUAUCGCCGAAACCGGAAGUCACCGUGGGACCGCGUGGAUACUUGAAAAUAUCCCGUGGAACCUCGCGUUCCCUGGGAACAGACAGUUUGACACAUGCUCGCUCAUCUUUGCCUUUCAUACGCGUAACACUCAUUAGUAUAUUCACGAACGCGCCCAUCCGCUUCCGAGUACGUGUGCAACCCACACGCGCUUACCCGCCCAUGCUACGUCAUCAGAGGAUGGUAACCUUUAUUAUUCACGAAACUUAUCUUUAUGGCAAGACGGGUUAGAACAAAUGCCGAGUUGAUUCGCAUCCAGAACUCGUGGGCGAACACGGACGUCAUUAGACGCUCGCGACAUCCUCGUCCUUGGACGACGGACGAUAUUUCUGCGGAUAGAGAAGAGCGAAUUGUCCGUCCGGUCUUCCGUCAGUGUCAAUGUCUGGUCAGCGAAAUUGUUCGCGCGUGCCGUCGUCGCCGCGACGCGCCGUUCCAGAUGCGCCGCGCCGCCCAAAAUGUAAAAAUAAUCGAGGAACUUAUAACGCGGUCCCAAUGGUGCCGUCUUAAAAUGAAAACUCUCGUCCUACCGAUUCGAUUUUAUUUAUCACCGCCGCGUUUUAGCUUGACGUGUCAUUAAUGCUCGAGGAACAUUCGAUUUUAACUAUCGGUAAUAAAAAGGAUAAAUAUUGACGUGCAGGCGAGAUCAAAGUGCGUAACAGAUAUGUGUACAUCAGCGAAUUUUAUGGCCGUCCCUCCGCGACCUAACAGUAUGACGAGUGUAAUUUUUCGAAUUUCUGCUAGAAGCAUGGGCAUAGCUCAUUGUCUACCCACUUAAAAAAUUUCAAUUUGCUUUUUUAAUCAUAAGAAAAUACAAAUUUGCCUUCUGUGCGAGGCUUAACGUGAGUCCAAAUAUUAAAAUACACGAGAAGAACGUAGGAAGAGUAAAAAAAAACGUUUAAUCUUGGCUCUGGAGUAGAAACAGCGUAUCUGCGAGCGACUAGUUCGACGAUCGAAACACGAUCGUGACCACUUAGGUCAGGUAAUAAAGAGAGUGACACUUGAUUGCAUGGCUGGAUAGAAAUUAUACGACACUUAUCGGGCGAUCGUUUAAUUGAGAUUCGAUUUGCAUCGAUGAUUUUUAUCGUGAACGGAAGGACAUUCGUGUAGAUGUUAAUAGAAAAUGCAAUGGUUCUAAAGAAAACAACGACACUUGAGGAAACGCGGGGAGCAUGUAAUUAGAGACUCCUGGCAAGGAGUGAGUCUAUGAAAUAGAUUCCCGGAAGCUAUUAUUUUCAUUUCGGUUAUUAACGACUGGCUGCAGCACAGUGAAAACCUCGGUGGCACGUCAUCCUCUCGAUUCGACACGAUAAUACGUUCAAUCAUGCGAUCGCAUUCAUUAAACACUGGCAGAGAAAUGACGCGCUUCGAACAACUUUUUUGUUAAAUUACUCGGACGAUGUACCUCGUAAUUUUCUUUCAGGCUGGAUUAGAUAAUCGAUCGGACGCACGCGUUUCGCGAAGUAAACGGUGAAUCGUACUGGCAUGCCGAUGAUAACGCGUCCCCGCAUUAUUAUUAGAUUCGUAAAUAUUAAAGUACCAGCAUCAUCUUUAUUUAUAGGUGGUUGCACGUUGUUCGUAUCGCAAUAAGAACUAUAAAUUCGUAUCGCAUUCGUGAACGAUUAUACUUGUCUUCUUUCGAGUCUGCUCCGAAAUCGUCCAAAUUUCGUACGUCGUCCGUCCGGAGACAAAGACCGAGCUUUCAGACUGAUUUGUUGGUUUCAAGGAAAGCAGGCAAUAAAGAACGCAAUGAAUUGAUUUUAAAUUUUCCUCGGUGCUCUCUCGACUCGAAUUGAAUUAACGGUUCUAUGCUUCAUGCUCGAGAAAUUCUUCUUCCUAUAGCCGUUACCAUUAUUUUGUCUAUGGCAUGAAAAUGUGCUUAUGUCUGUAGGAUUCGUUCUCUAAAGCAUGAUCUUAUAGGGUUGAAUUUUCUCUGUAAGAUUAGGAUACUUUCUACACAAACUUAGGAUAAGGAAAAUUUCUAAAAGAUUAUCAUUCAUUUUUGUAUACGAUCGAUUUUGGACAAGGUGGAAAGAUGAUGUAGUGUAUAUAUAUAUAUAACUGCGAGCAUGGUGAAGAUUUAUAGCGAUCGGAGACGUAUCGUGUGAGAGUCGAAAAGGAAAUGCGUCUGGAAGGUGGCCAGAUACAAAAAUAAGCCGAAUUUCGACGGAUUCGCCAAUCAUCAGCGACCACUUCGCAUCCACGUGUAAUACACGCGGUUUACAACUCGUUUUUCUCAUCAAUAUCCCAUCGGUAAUUUAAGAUCGACCGGGAUGCCUGAGGAAAAGUCUCAGCGAUCGAGUAAUAAAGCUUAAGAUGAAUGACAAUUUACACUUAUCAGAGAACAACGAUCGCCUGUUCUAUUCUUGUAAAAAUAAAGUUUCUUUAUGAAACGGUA